AUGUCAUCUCCCGAGUCUCAACCCGCCGUGGAAGGUGAUGAGUAUGAGAAGACGCUUCUGCAGCUACGAUGUUUCGACACAAUGUUUCUGGUCGACGAUUCUGAGAACAUGCAGCCUUACUGGCCCGAGAUCAAGAACUUGAUCGAGCGAAUUGCACCCAUCUGCGCCAAACACGAUCCCGAUGGAGUUGAUCUGUACUUUGUCAACCACCGACCUGGAGGCGUCCUAGCUAAAUUGCCUGGAGUUCAGUCCAUCCGAAAGUCCGGCUACACACACAUUGGUGGCUUUGCUGGCAGCAUGCUCUUGACCAGCAAGGGAAAGCAAGUCGGCGCCAUCUUCGACAAGGUCAAGCCAGCUGGAAAGUGCAACAUGGGUGCCAGACUCGGCGGCUUGCUUAAGUGGUACUGCGACAAGUUCACAGGCGGAGAGGAGAAGGCUGCUCUCAACAUCAUCGUCCUUACAGCCGGUUCGUUCGACGACGAUAUCAAGACUCCUCUGAUUCAAGCCGCCAGGACUCUGGACGAGGCCAAGGCCCCCAUUCAUCAAGCUGGAGUCCAGUUGUUCCGUCUGGGCGGUCCGGAUCUGGUGCGACAAAAGACCCUCCAACAUCUUGACGAUGAACUGCACAAGGAGGCCGGAACACGAGACAUUGUCGACACAGUGACUUGGAGUGGCCAUGGAACUUCCAUGUCGGACGAUGAGCUGCUCAAGAUUGUGCUGGGCGCAGUCAUCAAGAAGAUCGAUAUUCGUGCCUCUGAGUUGCACCUGGACGAGGCAGCUACAACGACACGUGCUGACCGAGACUACGAUGAAGGAAAUGUAAUCUAG